GCUGCAACACCACGUUAUACUGCUACUCUUCGAGCCCCAGCCGGACUGUCCUCGUCCUCGUCCCCUUGUGAUAUUCUUUCUGCCCUCGGUCGCUGCCCUGCAUGUUGCUGUCGUCGGUUCCACGGUUCCGAGACUUGUGGGCUCCAAGUAGUCCCGCAGCACCAUGAUGGUUUACAAACGGUCAACGAUGAUGGAAUCGAAGUGGAUCAUAGCACAGCAACACAGCCUUGGGAUCAUCCCUCUGACAAGAAUGGGAAGUUUCUUGUUCAGGACCACGGAGAGAAUGCAACAGGCGCACCGACAGCACCGCCGCCGACGCCCAAACAAAAUACCAUCUGCGGGCUACGCAAACAAACUUUUUAUGUCCUUGUCGGCGUUCUAGGCUUUGUAGUCAUUGCGGCUGCAGUAGGAGGAGGUGUUGGGGGUUCCAUCGCCGCCCGAAAUGCUUCCCAGUCGCAGGAGCAGCAACAGCCGUCAGCCCCGACCCCAGCCCCGACCAACCGUCCCAAAACCAGCCCAGUCCUCCAAGAAUCGGCCUUGGCGGGACUAAACUGGCGAGACGCGUCCAACGAAACCCAUUAUCGGGUGUACUUUCAGUCCAGGGAUGGAGCAGUUAUGGAGUCCGCUCGGAACUCUGCGGGCAACCAGUGGACUGUGUCCCGGAUCACCGACCCUGGUGCCGACAUCAAGUCCGGGACUCCUCUUGCAGCCAGCGCGGGCUUCCCACAUGUCAACACGACCUGGGACGUCGUUAAGAACGUUUACUUUUCUGGCAGUGCCGGGAUCAUGGAAAGACAAAACCCUUUCAAAGAGGCUCGCGGCGUCUGGGGCAACGACAACCUGAGCGGCCAGUAUACCUCCUCAAACCGGUCCCUGAUCGUGGCCUUCUGGGACCAAAACUAUAACAACCGCUCCCAGAACCUGAUCCUAUUGUACCAGACCCUUGGCGCCAACAGUCUCUCGGUCAGCAAAUACUUCAGCGACCGGACCAGCGAUCUACCUUGGGCCACACAGCAACUGAGCUUGUCCAUCCUUGACGGCUCGCCCUUGGCCCUGGCCCGAAUCGGCAACCCAACCACCAGGUCCGACACCCGCUUAUACCUAGCCGACUCCAACGAAAACCUGAUGCAGUGCCAGUUCGACUUUCAGACUGGGAGCCUGGGCAGACUUUCGUCAACAGCCUUCAAGCUCCAGGCACAAACCCCACUCGCCGUCAUCCCGCGCGACAACACGGGCUUCUACAACCGCGACACGCUACCCGAGUGCGCACGCACAGCGCCUUAUACGCACCUCAUCCUCUUCGCCUCGUCGGACCGCUCCUCGCUCUUGCUCGUGUCAUGGAACUGCUCCGGCGGCUUCGUCGACCAGACCUCCAAGAUCGGCCCCUUGGUUGUCGUUCCCGGCCGGCCCAGCAGGACAUAUUUGGCCCUGGCGGCGCCGCAACCAGAUGGCCUCGCCAACAGCACGCCCUCCUCGGGGAGGGUGUUUGUCCUGUUUGACGCUGGGGACGGGCCGCAGGUCGAAGAGUGGCAGGCUCCGCGUGGGGGCACGGAUGCUGCCUGGGAGGUUAUCGGGCCUGUGCCCGUUGAAUGA